AUGGACAUCUUGGCUUUUAGAUCCGAAGAGAAUAGUUAUAAUAUUCUGCCAUCUGCGGCCGCGAUGCUUUUCCACGGCCUCCCCGGAGGCGACCUGCACGGCGUGGUGGAGGAAAUGGACCGCAGAGCAAAGAGCGAGACAGCGGCCAUCAGCUCAGCCAUCAAUAUGGGCGAGUCGGAGAGGGCCACGCCGUGCUUGACAACAGAGCGCGUGGCCCUGUGCGCAGGCUGCGGGAGGAAGAUCGCUGACCGCUACUAUCUACUGGCCGUGGACAAGCAGUGGCACAUGCGUUGCCUCAAGUGUUGCGAAUGCAAACUCAACCUGGAGUCUGAGCUCACCUGCUUCAGCAAGGACGGCAGCAUCUACUGCAAGGAGGAUUAUUACAGAAGAUUUUCAGUCCAGAGAUGCGCUCGGUGCCAUCUCGGCAUCUCUGCCUCAGAGAUGGUAAUGCGGGCUCGUGACCUGGUGUACCACCUCAACUGCUUCACCUGCACAACUUGCAGCAAGAUGCUGACCACCGGGGACCACUUCGGCAUGAAGGACAGCCUGGUGUACUGUCGGCUGCACUUUGAGACUCUCAUCCAAGGAGACUAUCAGACACAUUUCAACCACGCGGACAUGGGACACAAGGGCCUGGGCUCGGCCAACACGCUUGGACUAUCUUACUUCAACGGCGUGGGGACGGUGCAGAAAGGCCGGCCCCGUAAGAGGAAGAGCCCCGGGCCCGGAGCGGAGUUGGCAGCUUACAACGCAGCGCUGAGCUGCAAUGAAAAUGACAGUGAGUCCAUGGACAGGGAAUCCCAGUACAGCUCAAGUCAAAAGACAAAGCGAAUGAGGACGUCCUUCAAGCACCACCAGUUGAGAACCAUGAAGUCCUACUUCGCCAUCAACCACAACCCAGAUGCCAAGGACCUCAAGCAGCUCGCCCAGAAGACAGGCCUCACCAAGCGGGUCUUACAGGUCUGGUUCCAGAAUGCUCGAGCCAAAUUCAGGAGGAAUCUUCUGAGGCAAGAAACCACCGGCGCAGACAAGACCUCUGACGGCUCCACACUGCAGGGCGGCACGCCGUCAGGCCCGGCCUCAGAAAUCUCAAAUGCCUCCAUGAGCCCCUCUAGCACCCCCACCACGCUUACAGACUUGACCAACCCCACUAUGCCUACAGUAACCUCCGUGCUCACCUCAGUCGCAGGUGGCAUGGUGGACAUCCACGAGUGCAGGAGCCCGUCACAGACCACACUGACCAGCCUUUUCUGAUGGACGGAGGCUGACCACAACCUCUGCUAUACCCUGCUGAAUCUCAAGCGAAGUUGACUCAUUUUACCGUGAAGAUUAGAAAAGUACAAAUUACAGAAAUAAAAAAAAAAAAAAUGGUUGACCUUUUUCUCUGAGCCUAUUGAAAACUUUGCAGAGUGAGAUCACCAAGUCUCACGGAUGGAGCUGUUGUUAUUUAGAUGUCGUCUUGUUGAGAACUGAAAAGACUUGAUCUGCAUUUUACAAUGUUUACAGAAAGUGACUAAAGGGGAGGGGAAAAAACUGCUUAAUUUUUGGAAUGUUUUCCAACACAGUAUUUAUGUUGUGGUA